UGUGAAAUCUGCCUCUCGUGUGUUCGAACAGCUCAGAGGGAGAAAUAAACUCUGACACCUUCACCGUGGAUUCCAGGAUUUCAGAGGGAUUUCUGGACAGGACUCUGGAUUAAAUGCUGUUUUCUGGGACAGUUCUCCUGCAGGUGGUUUUGGACAUGGUGGACCUGACCAGAGAACAGAACUUCGUCCUCCUCUUCCUCUGGAGCUAACUGCGUGGUCAUGAGCCCGAGGAGGACCGUGAGUCUGCUGCAGAUGUUGCUCGUGGUCCUGCUGGAUGGGGUUUGGACGCUGUCGGCUCCCGACGCAGUCUCCAUGGACUCUACAGAAAUGAGACACACUCUGAGGUGGCGCCCCCUGCAGGCUUCAUGCAACACUUCCAUUCUCUACUCGGUCCAGUUCCAGGGGGAGUUUGAGCUGACGGAGCUGAACGGCAGCUGGGUGGACGCUCCUGAAUGCCAGCUGAUUCAGCACACACACUGCGACCUGACCCUUGACCUGGGCAGCGACUCCGACUACAACGUCCACGUCAGAGCGCAGUGCGGGUCGCAGCCCUCAGCCUGGGCGGAGCUCCACCGACCCUUCAACCGCAGAGACACCGUCCUCAUGGUCCCAGAGAUGAAGGUGUCGGCAGCGGUCCAGGGUCUUCACGUGGUUUUUGAGAAGCUUCCGCUCACUGCCGUUGUCAUGGUGACGGUGUGGAAAACAGGCGAUGAGCGGCAGGCUAAACUCUACUCAGUGUCAGCUGAGCAGGCAGAGCUGGAGGUCAACGCCCUGGAGGAGGGAGCGAGGUACUGCGUCACAGCACAGACCGUCCUGGGA